UGAAUGGGCAACAUAUGCACAUAUGCACUUAAGAAUGAACUGCUCUGAAAUGUAAGGGGGUUAGUCUUAUGAAUGCAAGGCUUUCCUCAAGGAAAGAAAUAUAGUUUAGUGCAUUUAGAGGAGUAGGUGUUUAAAACUGUGAAGAUGGAAAGUUAUUCCAUUGGAAAUGAUAAUGAUGGAGUCCGUGAAGAAAAGAGAUCUGGAAGCUGGACACUCAAAACUUCAAAAACAGAAUCGACUGAAGACGAAUUCAUAAACAAUUUCUCUGAACCUCCUUACCUGCAGAAUAUUGCAGCAGUGUCGAUUGCAAUUGGGCUAUGGACGGCUUCUGAUAUAAGGAAUGAAAUUACAUCUUCUUUCUUUUACGAUAUCGAAAAUACAGUUAAGUUAGAGAGAAGAAUAUUAGACAAAUUGUUCAAUAGCUCUUUGCCCUCAUCGCUGAAGACUGAAAUCUCAUACGUUAUUCGACCCAUUGGUUUGCAGUUGUCGAGAGCAUUUCGUAGUUACUUUAGAUGGACAAGAUAUAAAGGAAAUCUAUGUGAGUAUUACAUGAAACGUGGGACAAUUUAUUGGACAGUUGAGGGGAAAGUUGACAUGGUGAAAUCCCUUACGGAACUAAUCGAUAGUGGAAGCAUAAAAUACGGUAUUUGCCAUUUGUAUGUGAUAGCCUGCUCUCACUGUUUAGGGGAAUAUGCUUCAAAUUUGUGGGAAAAAAUCCCAGAAGAUUUUAGAAACCAAUUUAGAAUCACUCGGAUAACAGAUAUAUAUGAAUAUGAUUUGACUAUAUAUUGGACUUGUGUCCUCGAGAGUAAUUUAGGGAGUUUUCUAACUAAACUCAUAGAUCAGGAAAACAUAUACGAUGAUAAGCUUAGUAUUGAUGUAAAUAUGAUUGCUUGUUCGAUUCGGGUAGGUAACAUAGUUGCCCUAAAGUAUUUUUGGAAAAAAUUGUCGGAGCAGGAGAAAAAUGAUCAUUUGAGUAAAUGGCUUUUGCAAGCUACUCAUCGUAAGGGAGUUCAAAAUCAUUCACUUUAUCUGGAUUCUUCAGAAACUUUAGAUGUUUUAUGUUUUUUAUUAUCUCAUGUCAACCGUAGAACUCAAAUGACUAAAUUUUUUCGCAAUCAUUCUCACGUAUUAUUGUUCUUGUUCCAAAGUUGGCCAUAUCAAAGAAUGUUCUUGUCCAUUAUUUGUGAACUAUUGGAUAAUCUUCAAGAAGACAUUUAUUCAUGUAUAAUGAAGAAUAUAAGUUCUAACAUGAGUAAAAUGGGAAAUGAAAUGAUGAUUUUUAAAGAAAUAUGGAGUGCCAGUCCUUUACGGCUAAGACGAUCCUUUCUGAAAAAUGAACUUCUUUGCGUCAAAGUGUUGUUGCAGUUGCUGGAAAUGGAAAAUCUAAACAUGGCCGUUAGGAUAUUAAAUGAUGCUUCCGAAGAGGAGAUUAAACUAUUUACCUGCUUUAUAUUUGGUCGGCGAGAAUUUUUCUUUGCUAUUGACUCAAACAAUCAGAAUUCGCUUCACGUGUUAUUAUCAAAAUCUACCUUGCCACCAGAAUGUUAUCCUUAUAAAAUCAAUCUUAUAGAGAUAAUAUCGUGGCCUAUUAGAUUUACCGAUUGGCAUGUUUGCAUUGAGUGGAUAUGCGAUGGCAACAUCCAAGCAGUUGAAUCUUUCUUGAGAUGGGCUUAUCAAUCUGUAGGAAUUGAAACAUUUAAGAAAACUAUAUCGUCUCCGCAUGUUAUCUAUUUUGCAUUAAUAUUUACAUCCAACUAUGAACUUGUAGACCAGUUUAUGAAUUGGUAUUUCGAGACGAGAGAGGAAAUUCAACAAUUUAAAGCAGACUUUUUGAGAACAAGGGAUAAUUAUUUUUUGAAGCGAUUCAUAGACAUGCCAUUCUUUGCAUCAAAAUCAGUAGGUGAUGUGUCACGAAAAUUUAUAAACUACAACUUGUCUUCUCUUGAAAACAUUGCAGAAUUUCGACUUAUUUGUCGUAGUUGUAUACAGUAUGCACUGAGUAAAGGUUUUUUUGAAAGUGCCACCUUGCUUUGGAAUGCAUCUCUUGAUAAUAUCAGUGAAGUAAAGCAAGACGAAAACGAACUUAUACUAUUUGAGAAAGCAAUUAAAAAGGAUCCUAUCUUAAAUCUAACUAAUGAUGACUGCAAUAUCGAGAGAAACAUUAGAAUUGCCACAGAUUUACUAAUUAAUAUAAUGGUCCCAACUUUAUUUUUUUAUUUUUGUUUAUUCUGAAGAAAAAUCCACAAUUUUAAGUGGUUAAUUUUUCCUCACUAUUCCCAAAAAACAGUAACUAGG